UAAAGCCAAGCAAACCAACAGUCAUUCAGACAUCACUUGUAUCAGCUGGAGGCACUGUAGAGGUCAGGUGUACAACAACUGGUUGUAGACCUGCUGCAAAUAUUUCAUGGUCUUACCAAGGGUCAACAACAACAGGUGAAGAGAGUUUCACACUUGAUGCUGCUACAAAAACAUAUACAGUUGUGUCUUUAUUCCGGAAACAGGUGACUGCUGCAGAUAAUGGACGUACUGUACAAUGUAUAGUUACACAUCCAACCUUGAUCAGUCCGUCAGAGAAAACUGCAUCUGUUAACCUUAAUGUUCACUUUUCAGCUGGACCCUCUACUACACGUAUUACUGGCAACAAAGAAAUGAUUGCUACAGGCCAAACAUCAUUAACAUUGACGUGUACCACAGGAUCCUCCAACCCUGCCUCUGAUAUCAUAUGGAAAAAUGGUUCUGUAACAUUAUCUAGUAAUCGGCUAUACACGGAAUUUGCUGGAGACAAUGAUGGAUUGGUGAGAUCACAGCAACUGAUAUUGCACCCAACACGGUAUAUGGACGGUGAUAGCAUUUUGUGCAUAGUGUCAAAUAAAGUGUCACAGUCUGAUGUUGUGGAUGCAAUUACACUCAAUUUGAAAUAUCGUCCGUUGAUCGAGCCCAUGCCAGAGGUUAUUGCUGUUGAAGGAAACAACAGUAUACUUACAUGUGUUGCUUCCAGUAAACCAGUUUCUACAUUCAAAUGGUACCGAGAAGGUCAGAGUAGUAUUCUCAGUCAGGGUACAGGGACUCUUGCCAUUAACAAAUUGACAUACACAAUAAAUAACGUGAGGAGAACAGAUGCUGCAACAUACAGAUGUAAUGCCAACAAUGGUAUUGAAUCGGCUGAUAAUGAAAAUGUUCUUCUUACAGUAUAUUAUCCACCAGAUGUCACAGCAACAACAACAAAUGUCACAGUUAAAGCUGAAACUAUCUUGAUAAUGUGCAAUGCUAGAGGGGUACCAAACAGUAGCUAUAUAUAUGGUGAAUGGACACAGAGUUGGCCUGGGUAUAAUUUUCCGGUCUCAGAAAAACCCGGAAGUGAGAAACUUGUUUUGACACACGUCACAUAUGAAUACUCGGGUGUUUAUACGUGUUCUGCGAGUAACGGAAUUAAAGUAUUUGGUACAGACAAGGAAUUCAUGGAAGGAUCGGUACAAUUACUAGUCAAAUCGUUCCCUAUAUUAACUAACGUUAGUAAAAGAGUCCCAGCCAAAUUAAACGGAAAUGCUACUCUAGACGUUCAUUAUUACUCAAAUAUAGCAGGAUCUAAUGUGAAGAUCUAUAGAAAUAAAAAUGGUGUCAAUAAAGAAGGAGUUAGCUACACUGUAACAGAGGCUCGAGCAGAAAUAAACUUGCCAGUAUUCAAGAAUAUCAUCAAAACUGGUGGAACUAUAGCUAGAAUCUUAAUUCAGAUACAUUCAAUGGACGACCUAGGACUUUAUGAAGUUGUCGUUGCAAAUGAGAUAGACUCUGUUACACGACCAUUUGAAAUAAUUUUAAAAGGUCUUCCAAGCAAGCCGUAUGACGUCAGAGUGGACAUGAUACAGUAUGAUAAAGCACGUUUGUCCUGGAUACGGGGAUACAAUGGAGGAUUUGCACAAACAUUUGUCAUACAGCUUAGUACUGACCAGAGUAAUUGGAGAAAUGUCAGUGUUUAUGGCGGAAAUGAUGAGAGUCAUGAACCAGUUUCUCAUGUUUUGUGUUGUCUUCAUGAUUCAACAACAUACUAUGUGAGAAUGUAUGCCUUUAACACAGAGGGAAAUAGCUCUUUUACGGAGAACCUAAAUUACACUACGCCUUCAGAAAAAGCGUGUAGUCACACAGGAGACAGUUCUGUCCUAAUUGUGGGACUAGUUUUAGGACUAGUUAUACUUGUCGUCGUCACAUAUGCAAUCUUCACCACAGUGCUGCUGAGAAGAAAACAAGUAUUUAUUCAGAAGGAAGACAUCUCCGAGCAAGCCAAUAAACAAAUGUAUGUAAAUCUAACUGUAUCGCCUGAAGGUAGAGCCAAUAGAAAGAAGAAGAAAGAGCCAGAAAACAACACAUUGAAGGACGACGCAAGCUCUGAAAAUCAAUACACUGAACUAAAUAAACAGCUGAGAGAUCAAGAGUCGGCGUAUGAAGCCAUAUCUUCAAUGUAAACUCGAGAGCCAUAAAAUAGAAGCAUAAAUGACUGAUUACCUGCGGCGAUACUUUUACACUAGAAGACAUGUAUCAUAUCGUAGAACUUCUUUCUGUUGAAAAUUACAGUACAACGUAUUCCAUAGUUUGUUUGUUUAUUUUUAUUGGUCUUAAAGACAAAGAACGAAAAACCCGCAUACACCACAAGAAAAAAUACAUCUUUUCCAAUUGUAAUGUGUUAAAGGAAUUACUUUCUUGGGUGAUUGCAUUAUGACAUCUGCUUCUAUCAGUGAAACCUAGCCUCAGUUUAUAUUAUUGACAAUUUAUCAAUUCGAUUUAACUAUAUUUUAUGUCUAUAAUUCAAUACAUAAUUGCACAUACAUUCAACAGUAUUAAGGACUGUCCUCCCCUUAGUGUUAGCUUAUAAGCUUGAACAUAGAUAUUCAGGAUUUUAGAUACAGGACAUGGUCGUGUGUGUCUGUGUGUGCGUGCGUGUGCUUUUGCGUGUGCCAAACAAAAUGUUAGAAUUUUGAUACACAUAGCCCAAAUCAUAAAAAAGAAAAUGUUUAAUAAAAUCUGAAAAGUAGAUCCCUCGGAAGCACCGAAAACAAGGCAAAGAGUGAAAAUUGCAGACUCGGUUUGAUUGAGUCUGUUCAUGAGCAGUAAUGGAAAAUGCAACACUGCCCACGCCCCCUAGCACUGGCUUAAGCAGUAUUCAAUCUUCAAAUAUAAAUGAGUUGAAAUCAAUGAUCCCGAAGGACCAGAAAAUAUAACAACACUGAGAUGAAGUCGGGGCGACUUAUUACGGCCGCCACACAGCACUUAACACCCGCAGUUGUGAAGUAAAUAAAAUCUGAAAAGUAGAUCCCUCGGAAGCACCGAAAACAAGGCAAAGAGUGAAAAUUGCAGACUCGGUUUGAUUGAGUCUGUUCAUGAGCAGUAAUGGAAAAUGCAACACUGCCCACGCAAACUUAUAUCUUAUUUAUCAGUAAGGUAAUUCACUGAAGGAAAACAUGCUACUAUAUGACUAUAAUAGAAAUACAUUUUCAUUUAGUAUAUAAUAGUAGUUAUUGAAUACAUUAUUAUAUUAUGCUACACUAAGAAGACAUUUUUUAAAGAGUCUUUAUCUUUUUUCAAAUUGUUUAAUUUCAA